AUGGUAGAUCCGUUGCCGGAUCCGGGUUUUCCCGGUCAAAUUGCUGCUGCUGCCGUACCUGCUUCUGGUGUUCCUGCUGCUGGCGUAGCCGCUGCUAUGCAAUCUUCGUUUUUCAUCGAUCCGUUCGACCGGUACAAGAUGAAAUGGUCGAGAUGGAUUAAACGGUUGGAAGGUUCGUUCGUAUUGUUCGCCGUACGAGAAGAAUCCAGACUCUUCAUGCUGCUUCAUUUUAUGGGAGGUGAGAUUUACGAUAUUUUGUGCGAUAAACUUGCACCAGAAAAGCCGCAUACGAAAACGUACGCCGAAAUCGUACGUAUGCUGGAGACACAUUUCAACCCAGAGCCUUUGGAAAUAUUGGAGAAUUUUCGUUUCAAGUGCAGGAAGCAAGGUGAUGAACGACCGGAAGAAAGUAUUGACGAAUACUUGAUAGCGCUCCGAAAACUUGCCAUUACUUGCAAUUUUGGAGGUUAUCUUAACACUGCAUUGCGAAACCAGUUGGUUUUUGGACUGAAGAAUGGAAAAAUCCAGUCCCGAUUGCUGGAGGUGCGAAAUUUGACCCUUGAACGAGCUCGUGAAAUUGCGGUUUCAAUGGAACUGUCCUAUAAAGGCGAAAAGGAGAUCCAGUCGAAACAAGAAAAGUCGGAGGUUAACCUGGUUGAACCUUCAAGGAGCAACGUUAAACUGCAGGUAAAAAGUACAAAUAAAAAUUCGAAAAAUAAAGAUAGUGCUGGGUCAGGGAAAAAAGGGGAAUGCUAUCGAUGCGGCAACACCUCUCAUUUUGCCAACAAGUGCCCGUAUAUUCGUACCGUUUGCAACUAUUGUAAAAUGGUUGGACACCUACAAAAAGUGUGCUUAAAAGCAAAAAACGAAAGAAAAUCGAAACCAGAGACUCAUCUACUGGAAGAGGCUGGGCCGGAUGAUGUCCAGUGUACGUUGGAUGAGCUAUGCAAGUUAGAGGCGAUUCGUAAGCCGUCAGUCUCAAAGUUCUGGUUAGAGGUUAAAGUUAACAGUGCUACUAUUUGUUUUGAAAUCGACACUGGUGCUCCCGUUACGAUAGUGAGUGUUGAAGAUAAACAAAGAUUCUUCCCUAACGCGAUGCUGCUACCAUCUGAUAUGGAGCUGGUUAGUUUUUGCAAUACCAGAGUCAAUAUCGAAGGGAUGCUGAAGGUGACCGUACAUUACCGUGCUAAAACAUAUUCGCUACCACUCUACGUGUCAAGCGUGAGGAAGCAACCGCUCCUGGGACGUCAGUGGAUGAGAGAGAUGCGUAUCGAUUUAAAUGAUGUUGCUUACACUGAUGUUCAUGCUGUUUCUGCUGCUGCUGUGUCACCGAAAAUUACGAAUGCUGCUGUUAGAUCGCUGGUUGAGAGGUAUGCAAAUCUGUACGAUCCGUCAAUCGGGAAGAUUAAGGGUUUAUCUGCAAAGCUGGUACUGAAAGCAAAUACGGAUCCACUGUACAUUAAAGCGAGACCAGUACCUUUUUCUCUACGAGAAGCAGUCGAAACCGAACUCGACAUCUUAGUGCAAAACGGUGUAUUGCGAAAGGUUAACCAUAGUGCGUGGGCCACACCAAUCGUUGCGGUACCAAAGUCCAACAAUAAAGUAAGAUUGUGUGGUGAUUACAAAAUCACAGUUAACCCAAAUUUAAAGGUUGACUCUCAUCCGUUGCCUACUAUAGAGGAGUUGUUCACUAACGUCGCCGGGGGUGAAAAAUUUACAAAAAUCGACCUGACUCAAGCUUACUUACAGCUAGAGGUUGAUGAAUGUGACAGGGAGGUAUUGACCCUUAGUACGCACAAGGGUUUGUACCAACCUACGAGGCUUAUGUAUGGAAUAGCGUCUGCACCUUCCAUCUGGCAGCGUCUUAUGGAGCAAGUACUUAAUGGAAUCCAAGGUGUUACUGUUUUCUUGGACGAUAUCCGUGUCACUGGCCCAAACGAUAUCAUCCAUUUGCAAAGGCUUGAGGAAGUCUUAAAGCGCUUGAGUUCCUACAACAUGCGGAUCAAUCUGGACAAAUGUACAUUUUUUGCGAACGAAAUUGAGUACUGCGGGUACUUGAUCAACAAAGACGGUAUCCACAAGGUCCAGAAAAAGGUCGAGGCUAUUCAGAAUAUGCCGAUUCCGGAAAAUAAAGAUCAGGUACGAUCAUUCGUGGGACUAGUGAACUACUACGGCAGAUUCUUUCCGAAUCUUAGCACGACGCUGUAUCCUCUGAAUAAUUUGCUGAAAAACACAGUUCGUUUUGAUUGGACAAAGCAAUGCGAAGAAGCAUUUAACAAUGUGAAGAAAGAGAUGCAAUCGGAGAAGUUCUUGGUACACUACGAUCCUUCACUACCGCUCGUGUUGGCCACUGAUGCAUCACCUUACGGUGUCGGUGCAGUACUCAGUCACAUCUACCAUGAUGGUCCCGAAAGGCCUAUUCAAUUCGCAUCUCAGACAUUGAAUGCUACACAGCAAGCCUACAAGCAAGUAGAUCGGGAGGCUUACGCGAUCAUUUUCGGAGUUCGCAAAUUUUAUCAGUACCUAUAUGGAAGACGAUUUACUUUGAUCACGGAUAACGAGCCAGUCAAGCAAAUCUUUUCCGAUACCAAGGGCCUGCCGAAGAUGUCUGCACUAAGAAUGCAGCACUAUGCUACGUUUUUGCAAUCGUUUAGCUACAGCAUCCAGUUUAGACCUACGAGUAAACACUGCAAUGCUGAUGCAUUCUCAAGAUUACCGUUGAAAAACAAACCGCCAGACAAUGUUGUUGAGGAAACAGAUCUACUCGAGAUCAAUAUCAUAGAGACUUUGCCUCUGACCGUGGAGGAGUUGUCGGAAGCUACACUUGCGGAUCAGACCGUUAAAUUGUUGGUUCAAGGAUUGCGCAAUGGGAAGACCGUUGAGCCAAGGCAUCGAUUCGGAAUUGAUCAAACGGAAUUUACACUUCAACAAAACUGUGUUAUGCGUGGAAUACGGGUGUACAUUCCACCGAGUCUUCGAGCAAAAGUUCUGGCUGAGCUGCACUCUACCCAUUUCGGCACUUGCAGAUUAAAAUCGUUAGCACGAGGAUACGUAUGGUGGGAAGGUAUCGAUAAGGACAUCGAGAAUUUGGUGCGGAAUUGUUGCUACUGUCAGUCUUCACGACCUGAACCUGCCAAAGUACCAACACAUUGUUGGGAAACUCCACGGAAGCCGUUCGAGCGAGUUCAUGUGGAUUUUGCUGGGCCGUUUCUCAAUACCUAUUUCAUCGUGUUGGUGGAUGCAUAUACAAAAUGGCCAGAGGUGCGGAUAUUGAACGAUAUCACUACAGCUACAACAAUCAAAGUUUGCCGUGAAUAUUUUGCUACGUACGGUAUACCGGCGGUGCUUGUCAGUGACCAUGGCCCCCAGUUCACCUCUGACGAGUUCCAACGAUUUCUUAAGAUGAAUGGGGUUUACCACAAAAUGGGUGCACCGUAUCAUCCUGCAACGAACGGGCAAGCAGAACGGUUCAUUCAAACGUUUAAAGCAAAACUAAAGAGUUUGAAGUGCAAUAGAACGACCAUGCACGCCGAGUUGUGCAAUAUUCUACUCGCUUACAGGAAGACUGUACAUCCUGCGACAGGCAAGUCGCCGUCAGCCAUGCUGUUCAACAGACAAAUACGAUCCCGCCUGGACUUGCUGAUACCGGAUCCGACCGCAGUAUCUAAGCAAGUUAAAGGCAACGUACGCGAUCUCCCUGAGGGGGCGAGAGUUGCGGCGAGAGACUAUCUUGACAAAGAUAAGUGGAAGUUCGGAACCGUUUCCGAGAAACUUGGUAAACUGCACUACAACAUACAACUUGACGAUGGGCGAUCUUGGAAGCGACACGUUGAUCAACUUAGGGAAGUCGGACCGAGCUUGACAACACACCCAUUAGUAAAUUCUGCUGAGUUUACACUUGCGGAAAACUUGAACGAUGUACCAUGCAGUGGUCAGAGUACGUUUGGAAACGAGAUACCUUGUACACCAUCACCCAAUCAGAUGACCCGUGAACACCCUACACCACCAUCACCUCUACCUGCGGAAAACAAGUUGGCCGAAACCGUGACUGUUUCGAAAUCUGUUCAACCAGGAAUCGACAAAGAGGCACCGUCAGUGACGAACUACCAGCAGCUACCGAGAAGAUCGGGAAGAGUAAUACGACCACCAACGAAACUUGAUUUAUAA